AAGUGUGAUCAUUAAAUAACAACUGUCACGUUCCACCAACGUCGUUUUAACUUUCACUUUGUAAGCAAUUUAAGUAGACAAAUGCACGACCUCGAAAAGAAAGCACCUAAAUAAAUCAAAAGAACGCUCUGCGACUAACGCGAGCUGCGAAACAUUUUCUCUUUCGUUUACCUAUGCAAAUUUCGCACAUCGAGCGCCGCCUCGAGAGACCGCGGCAGAUUGAUUGAAAUGCUUUGCAAACGUAUCGUAUCGUGAUCGCCGCUGCCAUAAUGUACACCUGACGCCGAUUAAGCCAGCCGAAUUAUGGUCGUCCUUUGUGUGCCACGACCCAGAUUGGUCGUAAGCUAAGCGCGCGAACGCUCUCGGGACCGUUAGCUUAUUGAAUUACAAAUGUUGACUGGGAGUGGUGAGGAGGCUGCUCGGCUCGUGGUCGCGCGCAAUCGGUCGGUGAACCGUUUGUUUACCGGAGCCGGCGCGGCCGCAGCGGUGUAGGUCAGGAGCUGGUGGGGGCCGGCGCCGGCGCACAGUCCGCCGCCGACUGCCGAGAGUGCAUCUUGCAGACAUGGCUCUGCUACCGCCGGCCUAGCCACCGCACCGGUUCCUGAUCGCUAAUCGAAAGUGACCUCUUUACCACUGUUGUGCCCCAACGAUGACAAAUUAUCGGUGAUUUCAGUCAAAUAAAAUAAAAUUUUCUUACGUGACAGUGUUUGUCGAAAGUGGCCAUUUUCAAAGGAUUAUCUGCUUACCCCGUGAGGAUUACACGCGACAUGGGAGUGGGAAUGCGCGUCUCAUGGCUCCGGCCGUGGGUGCGCGUGGUGGUGGCGGCGGCGACGCUGGCGCAGGCGCUCGGCACGUGCCCGUGGGAGCCCGUGCCCGCGCUGCAGGCCGCCUGCGUGUGCGCCGUCAACCUCGCCAGGGACCUGUCUGUGCAAUGCGACCAGGUGGACUUCGCUGUGCUAUUAAAAGCGCUGAAUUCGAGCACAAGAAACAUUCCAAUAGACUUAUUGUACAUCAACAAUUCAACGAUACCGGCGCUCACGGAUGGCAUGUUUACGCACUUAAAGAUUCACAACGUUCAAAUCUCCGGUUGCAAGAUCACCCGAAUAGAUGACGACGCCUUUCGCGGGCAAGGCCCUCAUCUAAAGAAUUUGAACUUGCAAGAUAACGAGUUGUAUGAAGUGCCAGUUAAAGCCUUUAAGAUAUUAACGAAUCUUUCGCUGCUUGACAUCUCAAAGAAUCGCAUCACUUACAUAGAGAACCAUUCGUUUAUAACAUUGCGAAAACUGACAACAUUAAAACUAUCAGACAACAACGUCACACUGGCGCCCCACGCGCUGACUGGACUGGAAAAUUCGCUAAAAAAUUUAAAUCUUAAAGGCACUAAACAAAAAAGCGUCCCAGAAUGUAUAAGAGGUCUUCGCAGCUUAGCGUUCCUCGAUUUGUCGCAGAACAGCAUCAGAGAAUUACCCGGACCUGAAGGCAAGCAAACCUUUGAAGGGUUAGAUUCCUUGACAGCACUUAACUUGGAACGAAACCUGAUUGUGACGCUUAAAGAAGACGCAUUUGCUGGUAUUAAAACCACAUUAAGUUCCUUGAGUCUCUUAAAUAAUCUCUUACCGGAAUUUCCUGCUGCUGCGAUUGGCACAUUAUCGGAAUUAAGAGUUCUCGACAUAGGGUUCAACCUGCUAAACAAGCUGCCUGGAAAUGCUUUUGGAAGUAAUCCAUCGAUUACACUUCUGGCAUUAGAUGGUAAUCCGUUACCCACCGUGCCGGCCGAAGCUCUUGCCCAUUUAAACCAUACCCUUCGAGGUUUAAGUAUCGGAGGACGAUUUCUGAACUGCGAUUGUCGUCUUCGCUGGAUUAUAGAAUGGAUACGAGAUGGUGAACUACAAGUGACCUCUAGAGAAAGAAAUCCUCAGUUCUGUGGUCAUCCGCCACAAUUCCGUGAGCGCGGUUUCUAUAGUUUCCAACCGAACGAGCUGAUUUGUGAGCACGAACCGACUGCUACUCCAGAAGAGUCGACCACGCCACAGAGGCAGAUCAAUGAUUGGAAGAUAAGUCAAACAACAUCGACAACUGCGCGAAGUACAACCACAAGUACUACAACUACAACGACAACGGCUGCGACCAGUCCCGUUACGACUACAAGCAGUGAAGCGACGUCGAAGGCGCCGGUGACCACGACGGGGUCGGCGCGGCCCCGCCCCCCGCCGGCCGUGCGCCCCGCGUCGCCCACCUGGCGACACGCCCCUCACCAGCGCCCGCCGCUCGUUAUGAACUUUCCCCAGAAACCAAAAGUGGACGACUCGAAUGAGGUCAUCGUUAAGAAUGCCUACAGGCAAGACAACUCUGUCAUUAUACAGUGGGACUCAGACGUAGCCAACAUUCUUGGAUUCCGAGUGGUGUACAGAUUGUUUGGUGAUAAAAGUUUCAAGCAAGGCCCGCCGCUUGAAGCCAGCGAACGAGAAUUUAAAAUCAAAAACGUUCCAUCCCAGGAAUGUAUAGUGGUAUGCGUUAUCUCGCUAGAAGAAGUGCACGUGAGCCCCGAAACGGUGCCGUACUCGCAGUGCCGCGAGGUGCGCACCGUGUCCGCCGCCGCCUCCAACAUGGACAAGAUCACCAUCGCCGCUAGCGCCGCCAUCUGCGGCACCAUCGUCGUGGCCGUCCUCGUGUUCGCGGCGGCCUCUCGCCGCCGAGCGAGGACGGUGCACAGGCUGCACAACGACAAGCUGCCCGGCGCCUGCUGCGGCGCGCUCGGCACGCCCAGCCCGGGCGGCCCGCUGUCCUCCCUCGCCACGCUCGGCGCGUUCGGCAAGCAGCGUGAGUGGGAUCAAGUGUCGGCUUACAGCGCACGUUCGAUCCCGCGAGCACGAACCUAUACCGAACCGGCUCCCCCCGAUCCCCUGCCCGGCCGGCCCGGCCGCGCCCGCUCCCUCGCCGACGGCCAAUCUCAGCACAGCUACGCGCCCUCGGCCCGCUACGGGAUGCCCGGGUACCCGGGCAGCCUUCUCGGAUCUCGAACCGAUCUCCGGCAGUCGCGGCAGUCCCUGGGGGCGGCAUCGGAGCGGGCGUCGCGGCUGUCGCUGAGCGGCGCGGCGGGCGGCGCGACGGGCGGCACGGGCAACUCGCGCCGCCGGCCGCGCUCGCGCUCGCGGCCCGCCAGCAGGUACAGCGUGGGCUCGCUCGGCAUGGGCUACUGCGACACGUCCGACAACUGGACCGACCACGACAUGGACAUCUACAUGGCCCGGAACCCGACGACGCGGGGCGGCCUGGUGCCGUUAUAGCG